CAAAUUGUUUAAUUUCCUGUGGCAGUACUCUUCCUGAGUUCUAAUUGCUACAAAACACAACUGUUAGGUCCAACAAUGCAUCCAAGGUGCCUAAUUCUUAUUUCUUUCAACUCUCUUGCCCUCUUCCUCACCUUCUUCAUCUCCUUCAUCCUCUUCACGAUCCGAAUUAAAUCACCAUACCUAGCUGGGUCGGCAUCCGAAUGUAACAUCAAACUUAACACGACAUCUGACCAAGCCCAUGCUCGAUUCCGCCUCCUGAUAGGUAUCUUAAUGCGCCCUGAUAGUUAUGAUCGCCGCCACUUCCUUCGUCUCAUUUAUGGAAUACAGUCCUCUCCAUUGGCGGAAAUUGACGUUAAGUUUGUCUUCUGCAACCUCACCAAACCUGAGCAGAAGACACUCGUGGCCUUAGAGAUCUUACGUUUCAACGACAUUAUCAUCCUUAACUGCACCGAAAACAUGAACUCCGGGAAGACCUACACCUACUUCUCCUCACUCCCCCACAUCCUCCCCAGGCACUAUGAUUACGUCAUGAAGGCUGAUGAUGAUGUCUUCCUCCGCAUUGAGCCGUUAGCUGCCUCGCUGGAGCCCCUGUCUCGAUGGGACUUGUACUAUGGAUUUGUGAUCCCAUGUCCAAGUAUGAACCCUUACGUGGAAUACAUGUCAGGAAUGGGUUUCGUAUUGUCAUGGGACAUCAUCGAGUGGAUAGGGAAAUCGGAGAUUCCGAUGAAUGAUCAACACGGCCCAGAGGACAAGUUAGUGGGGAGGUGGUUGAAUCUGGGAGGCAAGGCAAGGCACCGACACACAGAGAAGCCGGGUAUGUACGACUACCCAGGAAUGAAUGGGAGGUGUUCACAUGAGCUCAUACCACAAACCGUGGCGGUUCAUAGGCUUAAAAGAUGGGACCAGUGGUUUCGCGUUCUUGAGUUCUUUAAUGUUACCAAAGAGCUUAAGCACUCCAAACUUAACCAUUUUUGAGAUUUUGUUUCAAUUAAGAGAAAAAAGCCCGAAAAUUGGGAGAAAAAAAGCCCGAAGAAAAACUGUGGAUCUCUCUUAGGUAUUUGGUUGUGAUGUUCGGAAAAUGGGCGUGCCUGACAUCCUCUUGAAGGGAUGAGCAUCUAAUCUAGUUGACGAAGACACCUCUUCAAACUCCAUGCUAGCAUAACUUGCAAGAAGGGCAAUAUCGGUAGAGAAUCUCAUUUUCCCUCUCUGAUGCUUAAAAUGAGUAUUGGUCGUAAGAAUGAAUGAAUGAAUCCCCUGAAAAGUUAUAUACCUGGAGUAUUAUAUAAUCUUAUUAUAACCGUUGACAGUUACCUGCGAAGGGGUUUGAAUUUGAAUUUGAAGAGCACUGUGUGGCUGUACCUGCUAUUAGAUUAUGAGGUCAUAUAUAUUAGUUUUAGGUCAGGUCUUUUAUUGGCUUGAUUUAGGGGCCCUUGUCUCUAGGCCCAUCAUUUGCCCUCAAGCCCGAGCUUUCAGUGAAAGCGCGAGGUUCAAUUACCAUCCUUCAAAUUUUGAUUCGUUGUCUUUCAUGUGUUGCGUCGACAUUACGGAUAUAGGGUGAGAUUUUUGAAUUUCUCGCGAGGUGGCGCUCGCUCGCGGUUGCCCCCUAUGGGGUCUUAAAUUGUUUCAUUCUGCGAGACCUUA